AUGUUUGAUGCCGAAACCUUAUGUAGGAGUUACGGUGGACAUUUGGCUUCAAUCCACAGCUCAUCCGAAAAUGAUUUUGUAGCCGAGCUAUCAAAGAUGGGUAAAACAUGGACUGAUUGGCAUGAUUUGACUUGGAUAGGCCUGAUGGAACCUCAUCCAAAUGACUGGUACUGGACUGACGGCACGGAGGUCGACUACACGGGAUGGGCACCAGGUGAACCUAAUCACUGGAAAGGAAUACAACACUGUGCGACGGUAUGA